AUGGCCUCACUCUAUUCCACUGAGUUAUAUGCCAUAACCGCUGAUGCAAGAGCACUUGCUGAAGAACAACCCCUUCCCGAAGCCCUUCAUCGCACGUCCCUCUUAAUGAGGGUACUCUGUUUUUUGGCGUUUGGGCGCCAAGAUCUUGAAGAUCAUUGGAAGUCCCUACAAUCAAAGCAAGGGUUCGAAACCGUUAGGGGCCGGUCAUGCUCUAUCCUGACCAGCACUAUUACCACAGCAAGCGUCAUCCUCGCCACAAGUGUUGUUUUCGUCAGUACGGGCUCUCCUGUACCGUACUUUGACUAUACAACACCCGCUCCUUACUGUCUACUCAUUUUAUCGCUCAUGCUCGCCGUGAUCGCGAUGUUGACAUCUGGCUCAGGCAUGAUACGCUGGCUGCACACCGAUCGGCACUGGACUCAACAGCAACUUAAGCUAGGCGGUUACUUCGUGUUGUCCUACCUGUUGUCAAUAGUCGCCCCCAUGUUCUUCGUCGCCUGCUCCCUACAUGGUUUCAUAUUUGCGAUGUUGAUAGCAGGCUUUUCCUCUCCAAGCGUGAUCUGCCGCGUCGUCACUGCGCUCUGGCUGGUCACAUACAUCGUCAACAUUGGGAUGAUAUUGACGGAAACUAUGUGGAGGUAUGCUCAAUCACGCUAG